AUGAAUCCCUCGAACCCAUCCUCCGCCGACGCCUCGCGCAGCAACACGCCCAAUCCCGCCGCCGCCUCAGCUUUGGACGUCGCGAACUCGCGCUUCACGUCACAGGCCUCGACGGCAGAGGACCUGCUCAAGUCGCAGACGGUCGGCCUGGUCCACCUUUCCGACUUCCGCAAGCGCCGCGCCGAGGCGCUCGACCUCAAGGAUCGUGAGCGACAAGAACAAGCGCUGGGGUCAGGCCGGGGCGGCUCAACAUCUGGUGCGAGCACGCCUGCGGAUGGAGCAUCGACGCCGCGGCCCGCUAAGAAGAAGAAGAAGAAUGUCGCAAAGGGGAAGCUGUCGUUCGGGCAAGACGAUGACGACGAGGGAGCAGCUUCGGGCGCGUCGACAGCAGCGGCUGCAACGCCGCGGGAUGGCACACCGGAUAACAAUGGAGCGUCAGAAAAGGACAAGGAUGCUGCUGCUGUCCCGAAGAAGAAGCUCGGCGCAAACAGCAACGUCGCUUUCAAACCGAAAGUUAUGACGAAGUCUGCCCUAUUGCGGGAAGCACAGCAGAGGGAGCAGCUGCGGAAGGAGUUCUUGAUCAUGCAAGAGGCGGUCAAGGCGACCGACUUUGUGAUCCCGUUCGUCUUCUACGAUGGUACCAACAUCCCGGGUGGGAGGUGCAAAAUUAGGAAGGGCGAGCAUGUCUGGCUCUUCCUUGACAGAGCGAGGAAGGUGGGUGCUGAGCUCGGCGUUGGUGGCGACAAGAGCAAACGGGAAUGGGCUCGCGUCGGUGUCGAUGAUCUGAUGCUGGUCCGCGGAGAGAUCAUCAUUCCGCAUCAUUACGACUUCUACUACUUCAUGGUCAACAAGACCAUUGGCUUUGACGGACCUAUCUUCGGACACUCGGCGCAACCCACAUCCGCAACACCUCUCCCAUCCAAAGACGAGGACAUUGAUCCCGCAGCAUUCAACCCCCUCGAAAGACAGGAAAAGAAGAAGGACCAGCGUGUCACCGAAGAGGACGGGCCGCUAGAAGGAUACAACGAUGACCCUACGCUUACAAAGGUUGUAGAUCGACGUUGGUACGAGCGGAAUAAGCAUAUCUUUCCGGCGAGCAUAUGGGAAGAGUUCGACCCCAACAAGGAUUAUAGCAAGGGUGUUCGCAAAGAUGCCCAAGGAAAUUCUUUCUUCUUUAGUUGA